AUGCUGCUGAGCGAUGCACUGCCGAGUGCGGUGGAUGAUGGUUAUGAGGAGCAGGCGACCACGGCCCAAGCGUCACUGCCAGUCGCCGGUGAGCAGGCGACCACGACCGCAGCGCCACCGCCAGUCGCCAGUGAGCAGGAGGCUGUGGAAGUGAUUGAAGUGCCGGGUGUGCCGGAUGCGGCCUCCAGCGACGAGGCGGCCACGGCCACAUCACCGCCAGUCGAGGCUGUGGAAGUGAUUGCAGUGCCGGGUGUGCCGGAUGUGGCGGCCACCGACGAGGCGGCCGCGGCCAAAACCUCACCGCCCAUCGCCAAUGAGGCUGUCAAAACGAUUGCCGUGCCGAAUGUGCCGGAUGUUGUGUUCGACGAGGAUGAUGACGCGGACGCAGCUAUGCCAGGGUGCAUGCGGUACAUAAUCAACUGCUUCAUCCCGCCAAUGACGAUCGGCGGGCUGAAUGGUUUCAUUUGGUCGGCUGCCAGCUUGUACUUCAGGCUCAACGGUUGGCCAUUGUGGAGUUUGGGCCUUGCAACGUUCACUGGAUUUGCCGUGCGCCUGCUGGUGACCCAGAUUCUCAUGAAGUUCGGCUUCUGGACCUGCUUGCCGGGCGCCGUCCUCUGCCUCCUUUUUCUGGUGCCCGUCAUCCUCGACCAGAGCCAAGAGUGGGCGGUGGUUUUGCAGGUUGUUGCCGUGACAACCUUCGAGCCAAACCUCGCGAACGAUGCCAUUGUCUUCUACAACUUCUCUGCGUCCGAGACCCAAGCACAACGACAAGCAUGUCACGAACGGCGCAGCUGUUCGUCGCAAGCCGCCCAUUUUCAGCUGCUUUUGUGUGUAGACUUCGUCGCCAUGUCUUCGCACAACGUCGACAUCGCCGUCCUCGCCGAGAUCUUGGAGGAGGUCCUCCGCGACGCCGCCUCGGCGAUGGACUUGGUGUCGGCGCUGCCGCUGCCGUGCGGCGGCAGUGAUCCAGCAGCUGGCGGCGGCGAGCAGCUCAUCGUCUUCUACGACUUCGGCGACGUCUACGCCCACUUCGACGGCGCCAGCGCCCACAUUGGCAGUGGCCGAGCAGACGACGGCGUCCGGCGGAGCUGCCGCCGCCGGUGGGCCGGCAGCGUGCUCCUCAAUCCGGCGGCUAUGGACGACGACUCCGAGGAGGUCGUUGCCCCCAACGUCGCCAUGGUCGCGCAGGUCACCGACCCCGUCGACGAGCUGCCGCCCGUGGUGCUCCCCGGCGACCUCCCGUCGAUCCAGCCCGCCGACGUCGCGCCGGACAUCGCGGAGCCCGUCGUCGUCGCCCCGGAGCCGACCCCCGACGCCUCCAACGACGUGAUCACCGCGGAGACGGCCACGGGGCCGGGCACGGCGGCGGGGCAUACGCCGGCCAAGGCGACGUCGUCGCCCCACACAACCGAUGCCACCGCCGGGCGAGGCGGCCCUGGCGGCGGACUUCGGCUUCACGUCGGCGGCGGCGUGGCUGCAGCAUCGCCGGGUCGAGUUGGGCCAGGACGGCUUUGCCACUGUGCAGGGCCGCGCCCCGGCGACGCCUUCCCGCCGGCCACGACGCCUGGGCGCCUGGAGCAGAUCCAGCGCCAGAUCGACGCCGAGCUGGCGGCUGAUCCGGCCAUGGCCCCCCGGCCCAAGAAGGAGCUCCAUGAGUUCAUCGUCGUGUCCCUCUGGAAAAACGUCGUCAUGAAGAAGUCGGACGCCGACGUCGUCUCCCAGCGAUUGCGGGUCCAGCCCGUGCUGGCCUGUGGGUCUGACUUCGGUUGGAUCUCCAGGCACACUCUGUGGUGGGCGACAGUCGACUGCUCCCAGUUCACGACGCACCCCCUCUCUGGUGAGGCGCUCCAUUGGUCCCUCAAAGAGGGCUGGCGCAAGCUCCGCAUCGGCGCCCACAGAGCGGCGGAGGACAACCUCUGCGUCGGCUCCCUCCGCUUCGACGACGCCGUCAGGGCGGGCCGGGUCCUUCUGCCGUGUGCAACGACGCCGGCAGAAGACGAGAAUGGCCGCCCGGCCCCCAAGUCCUGCAGGGGCAGGGUGACCGACGACGUCAGGGACCGAUGGCUUCGUGAUCGACGCCAGUUCGCGCCAUGGCAUUACAGGCAGGAGGCCAUGUUGUCCGACGAAGCCGGGCGCCUCAUCAUCCCGCCGCCCUCUGUCAAGGAGGCGCUCCACCACCUGCCCAAGGACUACACGGCGGGCCACGACGACAGGGUGCGCCAUCGCCUCAUCGGGAAUGGCUGGCACUGGGGGGUCGCGUCCCGCUUGCUCUCCAUCCUCGUCGUCGCAGCGCCUGCCGCCGUCGACGAGGCCAUCUCAGAGGAAGAUCAUUGGCGGCAGGCCAUGUCGGCGAAGCAUGCUCUGGCCACACCGCCCGCCUUGGAGCCGGCGCUGGAAUGGGUCCUGAAGGUGGCGAGCAUGUGGCGCCACGACCUGCGGCGCAUACGGCGGGGCGUGGUCCAGGAGCUCAAGGUUAUGGUCGACGACAUGGAGGACACCACGAAGGAGUGGUUGGCACGCCGCCCCUUCCCAGUCCGGUCGACGUAUUCCACCCCGGACAGGGAUAGGCCGACGCAGGUGCCGCUGCUGCUCCACCUCCUGCGGGACGCCGGCUACCCCGACGUGACGUCCCUCUCCGACGACCUCUCCGACGGCUUCGACAUGCUCGGCGAGAUCAAGCCCGGGCCGGGAUGGAAGGCCAGAGACGACGACCGGUACUUUAACUCGGCGAUUAUGCAGGAGGUCAGGGCGGCGAACCGGCGAUACCUGCUCAAGAGGCUCCCCACGGCCAGGGCCCCAACGGACUGGCCGGUCAAGACCGUGGCACUGCCCAAUUCAAGGACAUGGCGAGUCGCGGCGUCCUUUCCCAUCAUCCAGAUCGACGAGAACGGCGACGAGAAGCUCCGUCGAGGUGAGGAUUGGAGGCGGUCCGGGCAUAACAGCACGGUCAAAGCCACUGAUGUCCCGACGCACCACUUCGUCGGCGACUUCGUCGAUCUAGCUCGCCGCUUCGCGCAGUUGGGGGUCACGCCGCUGGUCCUUGGCCACGACCUCCUCUCGGCGUACAGACAGUGGGCGGUCAAGCACCCGGCGCAUUCGGGCACCUUCCUGGCCACGGAGCACGACGUGACGCUGUGGUUCCACCUGGCCAUGUGCUUCGGCGCCGCGGCGUCGGUAUGGAACUUCAACCGCGCCGGUGACGCCCUCCAGGUGCUGCUGCGCCACUUGCUCCUCCUGGCGGUGGGGCACUACGUCGACGACUUCAAUGCCCUGGACUUCCCCGAGACCGCCCAGGACGCUCACGACGCCUUCUCCGACGUCUUCUCCCUUCUGUGCCUCAAGACGAAGACGUCCAAGGCGCAGCCUCCACAAUCGGCGCACACGGUUCAGGGCGUCAUGUUCGAGGUCACGGCGCAGGCGGUCCGACUCUCCCCGACGGAACGGUCCUGCUUGCCAUCGAAGAGGCGCUGUCGUCCGCGCGUCGCUCAUCGCCUGGCAGGCAAGCUGGCCUUCCUCAUGCAGGCCAUCUUCGGCGCCCUGGGGAAAGCUGGCCUGAAGCCCAUUUACGCCAGGUCGGCGGAUGCAGCAGCCGCCUCCGACGACAGCCUGUCCGCGGGCCUGCGAGCUGCGCUGCUGGCGCUGCGCGGCAUCCUCCGGCGUGUGCAGCCAAGGUUCGUCCCUUUCCAGCCGUCCACCUCACGACGGGCCGUCCUCUACGCCGACGCUUUCUUUCAGGAGGGCGGCGUGGUGCACAAAGCUGGGUUCGUGCCACGGUCGGCCCAGGCGCGCCCGGCAGACAGGUGGACCAAUGGCUGGGGCUUUGUGCUGGUCAUCGACGACGAGGUCUUCUACAGCAGGGGCGUCGUCCCGGCGUGGUUCCUUCGGCGCUUCGCGUCGAGGAAGGCGUUAAUCUACGUCCUCGAGAUCGUCGCUCAACUCCUGCCGCUGCUGGCAUUCGGCGAACGUCUGCCGAGUUUCUGGACGGCGUACAUAGAUAACGCCGCUGGGCAGUGGGCGCUCCUCAAAGGGUAUGGGAAGGACGACGCCGUCAACGGCGUCCUCUCUGCCUUUUGGGCUUCGGCGGCGCGUCAUUGUUGGUUCCCUGAGUUCGUCCGCAUUCCGUCGAAAGCCAACAUUUCCGACGCAGUGUCCAGAGACGACCUCAGCCAGGCCUCGGCGGAGGGCUGGUCUGCGCGCCACCGACGAUCUCGAGUUCGCCGCCCAUUUUCAGCUCCCACCCUCUUCCACCCAGGAGCAGUGUCGCAGAAUCUUCAAUGCAAAACCGUGUGGUACGCGCUGGCCUCCACGAUUGGAGGAAUCAUCUAUGACUACUCGGGCUGGCCCGGCAUCGUGGUCUACCACGUUGCGUUGCAAUCCGUGCAGACUCUGCUUUUCAUCACCGAGCCGGCUGUGUGGGGCUCCUUUGCGGAGUUCCGACAGAAGUGGUGCAGGUGUGGCAAGAAAGAUGAGGAAGACUUGGGUCCUGAUGCCGUGGUAUCCGUGGUGCCGACAGGUCCGAAGGAAGCCUGGUCAGGGCGGCCGGCUCCUCCCGCGGCUGCCAUGCUCGUGCGACCUGGUCAGCCUGACGUCGGUCGCGGCAGCAUGGUUUCGGUGGGUUCGUCAAGCCCGUCAAAACGGUCCAGCCUAGCAUCCGAGCGCCGCUCCCGCGCCGGGCCCGGGCGCUUUAGCCUAGUAUCCGCCUCUCAAAAUGGGCCAAGCCGCCGCAGACUCAGCAGGCUGUCCGGGAACGUCAGGCAAUCAAUGAUUUCAGUGGACCCCGGCCGAACAAGAGUCUCAACAGUUUCAGGAGUGUCAGGAAUAGGAGGGCACAGCCUGGGACGACCGUCCCAGCUGACUCUUGGUACUCUGCAAAGCCAGAUGUCCCACGCAGAGUUGGCCAGCACCAUGGCGAGAAGGAUCAGCCGCGUCGGGGGCGGGGGACAGAGAUCGUUAGUCCCAGGGGCAGCAGCAGAUGCGGAAGAAACAAUGUCGGUCCUCUUCUUUGACAACGACGUAGAGGACGAGGAGAAAACCGCCACAAUACCGCGCGACCUGUACCUGCCCGUGAUGCUGAUGUUCUUCUGUGCCUUUAACUACAACAUUUCGUACCAGACCGAGUGGGCCCUCUUUGGCGUCUACUUCAAAGAGGUCCACAACUGGGACAACGCGACCUUCGCCGGCCUGGCCCAGACCUCCGGCGAUGUCCUGGGUGCCAUCAUCAUCAAUGUGCUGGCCUGCCUCUCGAAGGACAGGCCCGACGAGGAAGGUUUCAAAGCUGGUGGCCUCAAGAAGUUCUGGCACACCUUGAUGUGCAAGCCGUACUGGUUUGCACUGAUCAACUUCACUUGGGCAGUCCUGAACUGUGCCAUUGCGCUCCCUCACAUCGCCAUCGCCGUAACCUCGCAAGUUCUCAUGGGCACCUUGUACAUCUACUCCGUGCAGGCCGCCAACAACAUGAACUUGUUCUUCUCGCUCGGGGAUGGCAAUCUCUUCAUGGCGCUGCAGGGAUUGAGGGUGCAUGCUGAGGCGAUCGGCAGCGCCAUCGCGGGUCUGCUGGCUCUCGUUCUCUACGACAGCGUGGACCCAAAUGCCGCCUUCAUCAUGACGUGCACCACGUCUACGUUGGUGACCAUCGCUUACACAGUGGGAUUCUGCCGCCGAGAUGGAUAUGGCAGGAGCCUGGAGGAGGCUGAACAAGUCAGGGCAGACAGGCUAGGCAUUGCACGCGUGAAGGCGUGGAAAACUGAGCCAUCGGGGCCUGGGCAGCUGGAGACAAUGCAAGAGGAAGAGAACGCGGAUCAGGACGAUCCAACACAAGGGUGA